GUGAUACUCUGAUACAUUCGAGUCUUCUGUCAACCACCUGUCAACUGUCAUUAUUUUCUUAGAUUACUUAGUAAAUAAAUGUACAUAAAAACUUUGUAGAAACUUUCAAAUAAAAGUGCAACAAAAGUGUUAAAUGAAGUCCAAGCUUUUUCAAAUUACUACAAUUAAUGUACCUCAAAUAGGCCGGGUCUUUGUAAAACACUAACAUUUGUAGUAUGUCGGAUACUAAAAGCUCUAUUGCAGAACAAAAACUAAAAGCAUUUUCCAUUGGAACAAUGGGGAAAAGAACUUUAAGUAAACGGGAACUGGAGGAACAAAGAAAAAGGGAAGAGGAGGAAGCUGCAGCGCAUGUAUUCCAAGAAUUUGUAGAAACUUUUCAAGAGGCUCCUAUUAAUGGAAGUUCAAAAGUUUGGGUGAAAGCUGGAACAUAUGAUGCAGGGGCGAGAAAGGAAGACACUAGAGAAAAGGGGAAGUUGUAUAAACCUACAUCCAGGUUAGCAACAGCUCAAGAUCAAAUGAGCUCUGCAGAUAGAGCUCAAGCAUAUGCAAGGCUUCUAACAUCAGAUAAAAAGCCAGAACGAUUGGGCAAGAAAAAGCAAACAGCCAAAAGUAACCUUGAAUCGUUUAUGGAAGAACUGAGGCAAAUACAAGAAGAAAGAGAGGAACGCCAUAAAUACAAGGGUGCAGUGAAGACCCCACUUGAAAAUGAGUUGGAUUUGUUAAUGAGAAAUGGAGAUAUAGGUUCCUUUGAUACUGGCGAUCCGAACACUACAAAUCUGUAUCUCGGAAAUCUGAAUCCAAAGAUCACCGAACAACAGCUUUUAGAAUUAUUCGGAAGAUUUGGUCCCUUAGCGAGUAUAAAAAUAAUGUGGCCCCGCUCUGAUGAAGAAAAAGCAAGGGGUCGGAAUUGUGGUUUUGUUGCAUACAUGUCAAGAAAGGAUGGUGAGCGAGCUUUGAAGAAUUUAAGCGGGAAAGAUGUGUUUGGUUAUGAAAUGAAGCUCGGUUGGGGUAAAGCGGUUAUCAUUCCCCCUUAUCCUAUUUACGUCCCUCCCGUGUUAUUAGAUAUUUCACAACCUCCACCGCCUUCUGGUUUACCAUUCAAUGCUCAGCCCGCUGCAAGAGAUAAAGAUGUGUUGCCAAAAUCACAAGAAGAGCUUAAUGAGAUAUUAUCCAGAGCAGUUGUGAAAGUAGUGAUACCAAAUGACAGGAAUCUGAUUAUGCUGAUACAUAGAAUGGUAGAAUUUGUUGUUCGAGAAGGUCCUAUGUUUGAGGCAAUGAUCAUGAAUAAGGAGAUCCAAAACCCUCAAUUUAGGUUUUUAUUCGAAAAUCAAAGUCCAUCCCAUAUCUAUUAUAGAUGGAAAGUAUAUUCAAUUCUUCAUGGCGAUUCUCAGAAAGAAUGGUGUACUAAGGAAUUUAGAAUGUUCACAAAUGGGUCUAUAUGGAAACCGCCUCUCAUGAACUGUUACACAUUAGGUAUGCCAGAGGAGUUAAUAAAAGAGGACGAUUCUAAAGAAAGUUCAAAAGGAAGCCUUUCCAAUUCGCAGAGGGAUAGGCUAGAAGACAUAUUACGGCAAUUAACCCACGAAAAAAAUAAAAUAGGUGAAGCAAUGGUGUUUUGCAUCGAGCAUAGCGAAGCAGCUGAGGAGGUUGCUGAGUGCAUAGCCGAGUCUCUAUCCAAUAAAUCAACACUCAUUACCAAAAAGAUAGCACGACUCUACUUGAUUUCAGAUAUUUUACAUAACUGCCAAGUUAAAGUCUCCAAGGCAUCUUUUUUUAGAAAGGCGUUUGAGUCUAAAUUGAUAGAGAUAUUCAAAUGCAUCAAAGAAACUUACGAUAAUUUAGAAGGUAGACUGCAGGCAGAAGGUUUUAGGCUUAGAGUAUUGCGGGUUUUAAAAGCAUGGGAUGACACAAUAUAUCCAAAGGAAUUUUUGACCAGACUGAACAAUAUAUUUUUGGGUAUAUCUGAGGAGGAAGAGAAAACUUCUGAUAAGGAUCUGGCUGAAGAUAUUGAUGGAAAUCCACUAGAUCCCCAAUAUUCUGAAGAGGACAAUCCUGUCGAUGGAACACUCUUAAAAUCCGCCAUGAUGUUAUACGAGAGUGAUGGAGAAGACUUCGAUAUAGAUGGGGAGGAGAUUCAAGAAGAAACAAAACCAGAUGCCUUUAGUGGAUUUGUGGCGUCCAAGUGGGAAACUGUAGAUCCAGAACAAGUUGAGGCGCAAGCAAUGACCACCAGCAAAUGGGAUAUGUUGGACAAUAGCCAAGAUGAUAGUCAGGAGAGCGGUAUAAAUGAAGUUCAAGAAUAUACUGAGUAUCAGGAGCGAGAUUUAUCGGAAGAAAAGAGACAGAAGUUACGAGAAAUAGAAGUAAAAGCUGUACAAUAUCAGGACGAAUUAGAAUCUGGACACAGGCAAUUGAAAAGUGGAUGGACGUUACCUCAACAAGUGGAGCAUUAUAGGAGAAAGUUGCUUAGGAAAUCGGAAAAGGAAAAGAAGGAUAAAAGCGAAAAGUCGUCGAAAAGUGAAAAGCAUAAACGCGACUAUGAAAAGAGCGUUAGAAAGCUUAAUAGUGGAGACAGCUCCGAUGAUGAACAUUAUUAUAAAGAACUGACUUCAAAAAAAAGUAAAAAGCUUGACAGAAGUUCUUCAAGCAGUUCAACGUCAAGGCGUAGGUCAAAAAGUCGUUCACCGUCCCGUAAAAAAAGAAGUUUGCCAACCCCUAGCCCUCCAAGGUUAAAGAAACACUCUUCCCCGUCCCGGUCCUCCAGAAAGAACAGAGACUCGGUGUCGCCCAGUUCGCUUGAUAGAUAUUCCCCCAAAAGGUAUAGAGAUACUAGUAAACACAGAAAGUCGCCUUCUCCUUCACGAAGUCGACACGCAAGCCCCGGUUCCUCCAGAUCCAGUCGUUAUCAUUCUCCAGACGUGUCCACUGGACGAAAGCACAGGCACAAACAUAAACAUUAACACAAUAAUUAAGUUACUUAUUUUAGUUUUAGUAAAGUAUCAGUCAAAAUGUACAGUAUCGAAGUGUAGGGUACGUGUUGUGUUUGGGCCCGUAAUAUAAAUAAAAACUUGUACUUUGA